AUGACGUCUCUGGGCGUUUGCGCACUGCGCCUGCGCGCUCGGCACGCUCCUGGAAGGCACCUGGGCCACCUGCACAAGGUGCGCGAUGGCCCCUGUGAAUUUGCUCCCGUGGUCAUCAUUCCACCCCGAAAUGUUCACAACAUCACUGGGGCCCAGGUGUACCUGUCCUGCGAGGUGAGGGCGGUGCCUCCCCCAGUCAUCACGUGGAGGAAGGUCACACAGUCUCCUGAGGGCACCCAGGCGCUAGAGGACCUGCCUGGGGACCAUGUCAAUAUCGCUGUCCAGGUGCGAGGGGGUCCUUCUGACCACGAGGCCACAGCCUGGAUUUUGAUCAACCCUCUGAGAAAGGAAGACGAGGGAGUGUACCAGUGCCACUCGGCCAAUGCGGUUGGGGAGGCCCAGUCCCACGGCAAGGUGACGGUUAGCGACCUGAGCACAUACAAAGCCCCUCGCUUCCCAGCUCCACACGACCGCAUGUGACAGAGGUCUCAGAAGCAUGACCACGGGAUGAUGGGAAAGUCAAGUUGUGGGUGGUUUCGCUGUGUGACAAGUUGGAAAAACUGUUUGUAGAUGACCCCUUUUGUAUGUUUUUAAAAACUAGAUGCAAACUAGAUUCAUAUGCAAAUGUAGUUUUUAGCAGGGCAAACACGGGGAAAAUGCCUGGACUGCACGUGGUUUUUUUAUACUUUUGAAAUGAAUUGCUCUGAGAGAAUUCUUUUUUUAACUACUCCCUCCCCGGGGGAGAGCAUGUUGUGGUGUAUUUGUAACUCUAAAGGGCUAGACGAGGGUGUGCACUGUGACCCUUCACCUCAGUUGUCUGCGGCUGAUUGGUGGAGCCCUGUGACUUAGAGUGUGUGGUAGAGCCGAGGAGGAGGGUCCCUCUGUCCUUGCCUGACCUCUCAUUUGCUGUGUGACCUGGACAGGUCCCUUCCCUCUCUGGGCCUUGGACUCUUCACCUGUGAAUGUGGCAUUUGGACUGGAUGUUACCUGUGUCUCUUUGAGCCCUGUCAUCCUAGAUAAGAUGGCCCUACAGAAAAAAACACAGCAAGUGUGGACUUAGCAUUCUUUUUUAAAUGGUAUUUCCUCAAAAACAAACACCACUGCUUCACACCAGGGAGAGGAUAGCUGGCUGCAGCUCUUCUAUUCCUGCCACUCUUCCAUUUUAAAGAAACAUUUUACCGGACUCAGGGGCCCCAUGGCUGGGCGUUGGGGGACCAAGAUGUCUACUUGUUCCCAAGCCCAGCAUUCUUGAACCAGGUGGGCAGUGGAGACCUGAUUCCUAGACAUCAAAUUGUAAAAACAGGGUCCCAUGCUCUCUCUGGGCUGUGGAACGAGAGUGUAAUAGAAGGUUUGACUUAGAGGUGUUUUGACUUCAGCCAGGAAUGGGGCUUGCUUUCUUUAUUUUAAGUGAAGAAGGGAAGAAGGAGAAUAUUUAAUGUCUGGGCUAAAAAAAAAAAAAAUAGGUAUCCUCGGCGAUUAAAACUUUUAAAAUCGGGAUCUCACCUGUGGAUAGUCCUUGAAGUUCAUGAGGCCCUUUUCCUUCUGCAGUCACUUCCCAAGUGCAGGGCAGCAGGGUGCGGGUUAGUGUCCCUGCCCCUUUCCUGAGGAAGAACCAGGCUCUGAGAGCAGAGCAGGUGCCCAAGGUCUGAAGGCCUCUGAGAGGGGCCAGACUCAGGUGCCUGCCCCUCCUUGGCGCUCUCUCCACUCCGUGGUGCUGCUUCUCGAGAUCAUCUCUAAACUUGGUAGGAGAGGCGGCCAGUUCCCCAGGCUUCAGGGAUUUCUUAUCCAGGUUCACCUCAACACUGAAAACGCAACCUUGUGCUGCCCGCGGUGGGCGUGACAUUUUGGGGUCCUUUUUGGAAUUGCAUUUUCUGCCUUUAAGGCUGGCCAUUUCACAACUGACAUUUGGGGGUGGCAACACCAUUGCAUGCUACACAGCAGUAGACGGGCCUGGGAACCCAGACACAGGAGGUCCAUGUGGGACUUCACCCCUGGCUCACGGUGUGACCCUGAGCAAGUCCCCUUCACUUUCUGCACCUCAGUUUCCUCAUUUGAAUGAA